AUGUCGUCUCAACCUUGUGCAGCCUUCGACUUGAUAACCAGCACGCGCGUACAUGGCUUUUGCACGGGGCUGAGCCUCGCCCACCGUAACGCUGAUACAUGUGAUGCCGAACCUCUGGCAAUGCUCUUCAACUUUCUCGAGGAGAAAUUUGGCGACGCCUUGCCUUUGCAUUCGCGGAACUACUGCAAGACAUACCAUCUCAACCGUCUUCUCGUCACGUCCAAUUUCGCAGGGUCUAAUUCCCACCAUUCCAACCACGGUACCGUCUCCUUGACAACCAACCCAGAAGUGCGGGACCACAGGCUCAACCCUGAGAGUCGUUUGUGCCACACGAACCUGAUUGUUGUCCUGGACCCGUAUGUGAACAACAAGAGGCCAGAAGAGCAAGGCGACCAGCGUUGUAAUGGCUGGCGGUACAGGAUACACAAUACAACCCAAAGCGACGGCGAGGCUGACCAAACCUGGCAGCGUGUAGCCACGCUCAGACAGAAUGAUGACACUUCCCGAGGCGACCACUGA